ACGUUGGUGGUACGCACAUCGAACCCUUCGAGUUAGGCGCUGGAUGCGAGGUCGUCUCGACACGGUAUAUUAUGAACUUUGUAAGUGAUCACAAAAGAACUUCCGCAUGUUUUAUGCUACUGUGCAUAGCUAGCUGUGCUUUGUGUUGUUUGGCUUCUGUUUGGCUUCGAUUCGCAGUGGUUUCUAAUCAUCGGGACUCAAGAAAAGAUAUAUACUUGAUUCUGGAAAAAUGGCUUCCUUGAAAUUUGUUCCCAAGGAGGAGCGCCAGGAACAGGUGGUAUUGGCCAGGCAGCUGGAGUCGUCUGCGAACGUCCAGCUUCACGGAGCUACAGUAACAUCUCUUACACUGAAUGGAUGUGAUAGAUUAUUUUUAAGUGAAAAAGCUGUGUUUAAUAACAAGAAGGCGAUACGGGGUGGUAUUCCAGUCAUCUUUCCCCAGUUUGGUCCAUGGGAUCUAGGAGCUCAGCAUGGGUUUGCUAGAACAACACCUUGGGUCCUGACUGACAAACAAACAGAUCCCAAGAAGGAAGUCCUUUGUACAUUUGAGCUGGAGGAUGAUCUAGAAACACGCAGUAUAUGGAAUCAUAAAUUCAAGGUGAAAUACACAGUUGCUCUGAAGAAAAAGAAUGCUGUCUUUGACUUUUCUGUCACAAAUACAGGCUUGGCUAAAUUAGAAUUCACCUGUCUUCUACACACAUACUUCAGAGUAGAUGACAUAGCCAAUGUAUCAAUAACAGGCCUCAAUGGACUAGAGUAUGUAGACAAGAUUCGAGGGGGAGCCACAUUCACGGAGGACAGGGAUCUAGUGACAGUGGGAGAAAACUAUGACAGAGUAUACCAGCAAACACCCAAUAAACAUGAAAUCAGAAACACAAUUGACGGAGCAACCAUUAUCUUGGAGAAAAACAACUUUCCUGAUACAGUGGUAUGGAAUCCAUGGGCAGAGAAAGCAAAACAGAUGAGUGACUUUGGUGAUGAUGAAUACACUAAGAUGAUUUGUGUAGAAGCUGGCCAUGUUUCUACACCAGUAACGCUACAACCUGAACAAACGUUCUUCGCAAGUCAGAGCAUCGCUGUCAAAUAAUAAAUUUAAAAAGAAAACGUCUGCCAAAAGCCAGAGGGGUAUUAACUCACUACUCUGCAUAAUGUGGUAUAAUGGUAUAUAUAUUGAAAAUCUGUCUUUUACUGAAAUUGCUACCACUGCUGUAAUGUAUUUUCUAUUGCCACAUCUUUUGAUGAAGGCGUACAUAGAGCAUAUCAGGUUCUUGUACCCAAGCAUCAUCACAGGUGAUGCAUUGUGGGACUUGGCUGUCAACACAUCAGAACAUCGUGGGCAGCAGAUAUUACGUAAAUAUGAAGUAGUGUAGGUAGAAUACUCUCCCUUAAAGGUGAAGUGUACUAUUGUUUUAAACAGAUGAAUACAAAAUGCAUACAAGAAAAGAAUUACAAAGUAAUAUCUGGUAAUAAAAGUGAUAAACAGUUUGGCAUUGUAAAAGAUAUUAUACACCCUUGUGGUUCUCAGCAGAAGCCUAAAUCAGGUUGUUUUUGAUACUUCAUAUACUAUAUACAUUUAUGAGAGGUGGUAGUGGUAUGAACUUGAUUCUCAUUAUGAUUGGAAUGUUGAUUUUUAUUCUUUCAUGUAUGUCUCUGAUUUGAAAUGUAUAUUUUUUUCGAAAGGGGAAUCCCAUUAAAGAAAAGAAACUAUUGCAGAUGUGAAGGCCACAGCAGCGCUUUACAGCGCCACCUGAAGUUGAUGAUGAUCACUUAAUCAAUGUUACAAAACUGUGUCAUAAAGUGUGUUGCAAUGAUAUACGUUUGCUUAGGUUGGUAUGUAAAACAACAGAUGAUUGAACAUGCAACUCUCUAAUGUAAUUUUAAAAUCAAGAUGAACAGGUGGUAGGGGAGAAUUGGAAUUAAAAUAUAUCUCUUGUUACUUUAAAGACAGUUUGUAUUAUCGUAUGGAUUUUGUUUUUGUUUUGCUUAACUUGAUCAUAUAUAUAUUUAAUUUUAAUUUUUCUACUUUCAUUUUUGUAGAGUAUGACAGAGGGGAGGGCAAAUCAUUUAAUGGAUUUAUUAUAAUUCACCCGUAUAGAAUAAUGAUUGUAUUCAAAAUAUUUGAAUAGCUGCCUGGCAAAAAAAAGGUGAUAUAAGAAAAAGCCUGAAAAAUUCAUGAAAUAUCUACAAUCUACAUAAUAGACCAUUCUAUUCCGAUAGCCACUUAAACACAAUUUUUUCAAAAAAAAAUUUGACUUCUGUGAUUUUCACCUAUUUGACAGUAAUACAGUUUUAUCAUGCAGCAAAUCUGAUUCAUGAGAAAAUCAAAUUGAUUAUUACGCUUUGUUAUUUAGAGACAAAAAAAUUUAAUAUGUACCAUACUUAAUGUGCUUUAUUAGCAGUAUAAUCGUGUCUUUCAAAGAAAUUGCAAUUAAUUCAAAUUAUUGUUUAUUCUUGUUCAGUUAAAACAAGAAAGAAAUGUAAAAUGAAACACUUAAUUAUCUUUAUUGAAAGAAAUAUAUUGUUCUUUAGAAAAGGUUUAAUAUUUGUAUUGCAUAUUUAUAAUUGUCAAAUGCAAUAUUUUAUGGUAAAAGGCUGAAAUUCAAUAUUUUAUCAGAUAGAAAUAUAUUAAUAUUUUACAAUAUACAUGUAUUAACCAUGAAAAUCUUAUAGAUUUCUUUUCUUUAACCGCAAUUGUCACAUGAUAUUUUGACUGAUUUGUUAUGCUAUCUGUAUAUUUUGUGCUUUUAAAAAUGUUCAAUUUAAGUUUGUACAAUGUUAUUGUUUAUUUUACGCAACUUUGACCCCAAAUCCAUUCCAGUGUAUUAUCAUUGAGAACCCAAUUUCUUAAUGCACAAACUCAUGAAGAUUUGGUAUCAGCUGUAUACAUCAAGAAAGUUAUAUAUCAUGUCAUUAUUUCACGUAAAACAUUUAGUUUGAAUAGGAAGAGAUUGAUCUUUAGUGAUCUUAUAAGCAAUUUACUAAACUCAUUACAUUAGACAGCAAUCCUAUCAUAUUGUUUGUUUAGAGCCAGAAGGGUGUUAAGUCUAUGUAACUGACAUGAGUUAAAGCCCUUCUGAUUCUCAGCAGACGUUGCAUAGUUGUAUCAUAUAUACAUUGCGCAUGCUCAGGCUUUUUCUAUUAAAUUGAAAUAUUUUGCAUUUUCAUUAAUACUGAAAUGACAAUGAUGUUGAACGGUGCUGCUAGGUAUAAAAGGAAAUCAACUUUGAAUAUUCUUUGAAGUCAUCAAUAGCAUCAGAUUUGAAAAUCAGAGCUUAGUGUAUACUUACACAAAUACACUGUAGUUCUGUUUAAAAAAAAAUGUGAGUUAGGGGUAUUAUUUCUGGUAACAGUUUUAUUGUAGGUAUUAGCACUUUCAUUUGCUUUUUCUUAUGUUGUGAAAAUGAUGUUAGUUGGUAAGUCAGUAGGCUUUGGAAAUAAGAAACCAAAUCAUUCAUACGUACGGUAUGUGGGGAUCAGUGAUUGACUGUGUCCUCUAGAGACCCUGAUCAUUGAUCAUUCACAAGCACUUUUUGAUACCAAACACUUAUCACCAGUUAUUUUAUGUUUUGUAUACCCCCAGGCUACCGGGAAAGGGAUAAAAUUCAUAUUUAAAAAAAAAUAAUUAUUGUAAUAUUCUGAAGGGCAGAAAAAAAGAAAUUACUGAUAUUUUUUGUUUAAAAAACACCAUUAUUCCAAAGUGGACAUAUUGUGACAUUAAAACAAAAAAUUCAGAAAGAAAGUUGCAUCAAACAGUAGUUAUGGGUACAUGUAUUUCUUUAUACUACCACAUUAUGGCCGUUCUGUAUUGAUUUCCACAUAUGUAUUGUCUAGCAUUUCCUGGAUAACAUUUUAUUAUAAUCUGCCAAAAGAAGGAAUUGCAAUUCCCAUUUAAUAUAUGUGCAGGUUUUUUAAUUCUUUCAUAAUUCUGUACAUGUAUUGUGAUGGGUACUUUUUUUUAUACCACUUGUAACUUUUUAGCAAUAAAUUGAAAGGUUUGGAUGAGAAAAAUCUACAUGGAAA